AUGAUGGUUUCGAGGCUUUCUACAGCUCUGCUGUUGGUUGCUUCAAUCAACCAUGCUCUGGCCCAGAAUUACGCCAAUGUCACGACCAGUGCUGUACCAAGUUCUACCACUGUCAAUGGUACCACUGUGGCCAAUCCCAGUGCUUUCGUGACUAAUUUGCAAUUGUCUGUCGAAGGUAAACUGGCCAUUUAUCCAACGGCAUAUCAUUACAGUUCUCAAACACUGACAUUUUCCNNAGACCUAUGGGAUUUCUUCGUUGGACCAGUCGAUGUCGCAAACACCACCACUACUGUUCAGGCCACCCCUAUUCCGUCCAGCUCUUUGAUCCCUCCACCUUAUAUAGGAAAUUACGCAUUCCCGCCUGGCCGUCAAGUCUCCUUGGUCACAAAGAACGAAUCAUGGAGCUUUCCGAAAGAAUUCUAUCUUGGUGUUGCAGGUGCCGCAUUCCAGAUUGAAGGUGCCGCGAGAGCUGAUGGCAAAGGACCGUCAACUUGGGAUGUGAAUAUGCAUCGUGUACCCAACUUUGUCGCUGACAAUAGCACUGGAGAUAUCACGGAUAACAACUACUACACGUACAAACAGGACAUUGCACGUCUUGCUGCUAUUGGUGUCAAUGCAUACUCGUUCUCUAUUGCCUGGACACGCCUGUUCCCUUUCGGCUCCGGACCAGUCAACGAGCUUGGUAUUGCUCACUACAACGAUGUCAUCGAUACGUGUAUUGAAUACGGCGUCACACCUAUGGCCACUCUUUACCAUUGGGACAUGCCUGCUGUAUUACAGAACAAGUAUGGCGGGUGGCUGGGCGAAGAAGUCGUUGGAGACUUUACAGAGUAUGCUCGUGUAGCGUACGGUCGGUUUGGGGAUAGAGUAAAACACUGGUUUACCAUCAACGAACCGAUUGUGAUCUGCACGCGACAGUACCCGAUGCCUGAUGGGUACUGGCGCAACUUCUCAAUCCCAAAGAUUGAGCAGCAAUUCGUAUGUGGCCGGAAUAUCUUGCUUGCACAUGCUCAAGCCUAUCGAUUGGGCAAGUCUAUCGUACCAGACGCCUCUAUCGCAUUCAAACACAACGGUGGAUACAAGAUACCUCUUACCAAUAGCUCUGCUGACGCGGACGCUGUACAACGAGCAUGGGACUUCAAUGAAGGCUGGUUCGCAGACCCAGUCUAUCUUACUGGAGACUGGCCCUCUACUGUCAACGACUAUGUCUCAUCUUUUCUUCCCCCUUUCACAUCUCAACAGAAGGAACUCAUUCGCGGGUCCGCCGACUUCUUCGUCCAUGACGCCUACACAGCUCAAUUCUACAUGGCUCCUGAUGCAGGCAUCGACUCUUGCAUUUCCAACUCUAGCAACCCUCUCUAUCCUUCAUGUGCCAACAGUACAUACGCCUAUGGACCAGCCCAAGGCAACUGGGUCAUAGGUCCUGCAGCUGACCCUCACUCGCCAUGGCUCCACCGCGCAACCGACUGGUUCCCUGCCUUCAUGUCCUACAUCAACACCACCUGGCCCUCCCCAGCGAUCCAAGUCACCGAAUUCGGUUUCGCAGAACCAUUCGAGGCCUCCAAAACGCUACUCCAAGAUAUCCUCUGGGAUCCAAUUCGCACUUCCUACUACCAUGACUACAUGGAAGCUAUACUCAUCUCUUUGAGUGAAAGUAUCAAUAUUACUGCGGCACUGGCUUGGAGUUUUGUCGACAACUUGGAGUGGAACCAAGGUAAAAGCGUUAGGUUUGGCAUGCAAUAUGUCAAUUUUACAGAUCCGUCACUGGAGAGACACUAUAAGGCUAGUUUCUUCGAGUAUACCAAUAUGUACAAGACAUAUGUAGAGAAGUAG